AUGAAUUCUGGAUGUCAGAGUUUCAGAAGAUUCGAGCUAAAAAAAUCAAGGAAAGAGAAGGUUAGUUUUUGCAAGUCGCUUGAAGAGCUACCACUGACAAGUGCAGCCGACGCCCGAAAACAAGUGAGUUCUUGGCUGCUUCACGACUAUGUUCCAAAUGAGGUGUACGAUCGGUUUGCUCCUGAACAUCUUGAAGGUACCUGCAACUGGAUACUAGAACGCGAGGUUUUUCGCAGUUGGUGUUCAGACAGCUUUCCUCGAAAUACGGCCAAGAUCAUGUGGGUUCAUGGGCCUGCUGGGUUUGGGAAGACCGUCUUAUGUACCAGAAUUAUAAGCCACCUCUUUUCUAACAUUCAAGCACCUAUUGCAUACUUCUUUUUCUCAACCGACUCCGAACGCGAAGACCCCUAUGUUGCGAUUAGGUCGUGGACAUGGCAGACAGUGGCACACUCUCAAGCGUUAGACCUUGCUUACGAUGCGCGAGAAGCCGACUGUAUUUCGGGAGCUACGCGGGCAAAGCUUGUCGACCUGUUUCAAAGCAUUGUCCAUUCAAUCCCCGGUUGUACAUUUAUACUCGACGGACUGGACGAGUGCUGUUGGGAAGACAAAAUGCGACACAAAAGGAACUCGGUGGUGGAGUUUCUUGGCAGUUUGAAACAAGCUGUUGCGAACACAAACACACGCAUCCUGAUUGCUAGCCGCAAUGAGCCUGAAAUUCAGCGAGGGCUCGGUCUAGAAAACGAGGAAGUGUAUGAGUACGGUAUUUCGAUUGACGAUGUUCGGUCUGACAUCGAGAAGUAUUCUAGAAGUAUCGUCGAAAGGAACCUGUCAAAGAAAAAGGAUGCCACAAAGCAACAGCUGGCCGUGAGGUUAGCGGAUCGUUGUGAGGGUCAGUUCCUUUGGUUAAGGAUGCAGGAGAACUCUCUGGACAGUUUGAUGACUGAGGGUCAAUUACGAAAAGCUAUCGACACAGCACCGGCUCAGCUCGAUCAGGUCUACGACCCGAACUGGAGGAAGAUCAUGUCAUUGCCGAGUGUCCAGUUGAACCGUGCCAUCACUAUUCUACGUUGGGUCGCUUUCGCAUUUCGGCCACUGACGAUUGGCGAGAUCGUGGAAGCUCAAGCUAUCACUGACGAUUGUGAAGAUCUUCCAGUUGAUGAUAUACAAGAAGUUCUCAAUGAAGGAGAUAUUGAUAAACAGAUUAUAAAAGAUUGCGGAUCACUGCUUGAAGUGCGAAGCAAUCCUUCGAAAUCGUUCGACGUGCACACUGUGCACUUAACUCAUUUUACAGUCAAGCAGUAUCUGGUUUCACAUCUGCCACUUCCCAGUGCGCCUGUGUCUGCUCUUGGAGUCCCGAGUCAACAGAAUGAGAAUGAACACAGCGUGGCGAUUGGUAAAAUCUGUCUUCAAUACAUAAACUUCUCAACCGUUUGG